AUGAGCCAGGGCCGCCGGAGUGGGCAGGCGGGCGUGCCGCACGAGCCGACGCUGGUGUCGGCAGCGCCGCCGUUGAGCCACUUGAUGACGCUCUACCAGCGCUAUGAUUCGCUGCGUAACUCGAUUGCGCUCCUGCGCGAGCAGACCUUGCACACGCCCGGCGUGGAAGACUGGCUGUCGGUGCAGUCGCAUUAUACCAACCUCUUGUCGCAUAUCUUCUCAAUCGCCUCGGCCUUGCACUCGCCGAGCCCGCACUUUGUUGCGUCGCAGGUCGCGACGCUGAACGAGUUCCUAGACUCGGAGGCGCAGGACGCCAACCUCUUUGGCGAGGACGAGACGGAGAACAAGACCUCGCUGUUGUACGCGACCGACGACGGCCAGCAGACGAACCUGCCCCCAAUCGAGGAUCGCGACGCAAAGAGCAGGCUUCCUGCACUUGCGGUGCACCCCAGCCUGCCGAUCCCCGACAGCAAGCUCAACUGGCUCGGCACGCUCCUGCGCACUGUCCCCGAGAUCGAGACAGGCGCGGCGGAGGCGGCAGGUGGAUGA